UCUCCCAUAGAAAUGUUUCACUCCAGAUAUUCAGGAAAACUGAUGGUGGUCACAAUCCCAUUUUCCAGUUGCAAUGAAUUUCCCAGCGGAUCUGAAAGAGCUGGGCUCCCUCAGUGGAGCGGCGGUGCAUGUUUUACAUCACUCAGACAGUGCUUACAUGCACCGGGAACCAUUACGUCUAGAGGUGGCUAGAAAGAAUACAGGUUCAGCCAAGACUCCAGAGGACAGUGUGAAUUUGAGUGAGAGGAUUGAGUUGUAUAACGACAUGUGCAUUGAUGGAUGGUACACGAGCAUUCUAUCUAAGGCAUAAUUAAUUAUAACGCUGUACCUGCAAUAACUAAAUUAUAAACAACAGUUAAAAGUCAGACUAAAAUAAUGAUUAUAUGAGUAGCUACUGUGGGUGGCAAACCUUCAUCCAAAUUGGGCCCAUUUCAGAUGCAGUUGAAGUGCAGUAAUCAAUUUUUAAACAGAUGUAAUUGCUCUGUCGUUAUAAACAAAAAUGAAGUGAAGUGACACUGUUGGCUCAGCUAUGGUAGGUGUUUAGUCUCGCUUGUUCUGCCUUAAGACUCCCUCCCUUUGAAGCCAGGUACUCAUUCACACCUUGGAAAGAGGAGUGGGAGAGGGCAGUGAAGAAUACCAUUGAUUUGCUCCACAUUGCAAACAGGUGUAGUGGACCAACUGGAGACUACAAUAAUGUUAUAGAUGAUUUUCUUAUAAAAAUGAAAUCAUUUCUGUGGGCUGUGGAUGGGGAACUUACAAGUCCCAAGUCCUUUUCCAAUGACAACAGAUACCAGAUGAAGAGGAAUGGGAGGAGACCAUUGCACUAGCCUGCUAGUUAGGCGUUUAUAGGUGUUAAAAAUCGUAAUAACUGUUUUUUGCAACCAGUCACACUAUACAGUUGUGGUUAUGGUGUAGUGACAGGACUGCUGUGUGCAGAGCACCUCCUGAGCAAUCUCUGGCCUUGCAUCUUAAUCGUUCAUGUGACUCUCGUAGUUUAUAAAUUCUAGGGCUUUCUUAACCUUAGUAAACUUGUAAGGCAGGCACUGUUACACUGGGUGGUGGUUAGCUGUAAGCACCUCGCUCAUUCCGCCUUAAGACUCCCUUUGGAACCAGGUACUCAUUCACACCUCGGAAAGAAGAAUGGGAGAGGGCAGUGAAGAAAUACCAUUGAUUUUCUCCAUAGUGCAGACAGAGUGUCGAGUAUAAGAGAUGACCCUGGUCCUGUCGAUGAAUACGUUCUGUGACCACGCUGCCUCGGCAGGAGACUGCGAAAUCCCAGAGUUCCCGUCCCAUUGGGAGUCACAGCGCUGCAGCAAGAGCUGCAUCUCCUCACCCGUUCCACUAGAGUGUGCUGCAGAACAAUUGGCAGGAGAAUCGUAUUACCGGAGAGGACCGGAUCCUGUAGCCACGUCGAGGAUCGCAUACUUCAAACGGAAGUAUGUAGAAGAUGAGGACUCCCACCCAGGCCUGCAUAACUGCUGCCAGAGAGUGACGCCAGCCUUCGAGGAGAGGGCCCACGUGCUACGGGUGUCUUUGGACAAGCUGCGUUUCAUCGAGGACCCGGAGGCCUUCCUGCGGCGCUCUGUCCUCGUCAACAAUCUACUGAGAAGGCUGCGGGCGGAGAUCCUGCUGCAGAGUGACUGGUGCUUCACCCCUCCGUCCUCUGCCUCCUCCCCAUCGGCCAGCCACUGCCCCUGGGAGAACCCAGCCACUCGGGCCUGCUUCACCAGCGUACUGCCCGUCGAGGGACACUACCGCAAACGAUUCCGCGUCAGACGGGGAGAGGAGGAGUGCUUUGAGCGCUGCUGCUGUUUCUAUGGGGGCUGCUACAUACGCCUGCCCUACUCUGUCUGUGAUGAAGCUCCUUCCUCUUCAUCCUCAUCAUCAUCAUCCUUCUCUUCCUCUCCACUCAUCCCUCAGCUGCUCCCGCUGGAAGAUGGGGCCAAACUGCAUGCCUUUUACCCUUGUUUCAACCUGCCAGGACCUAGGAAACUAACAGGGGAAAAGGAAGAACCAAAGCAGGACAGGACAUGCACUUCUGGAGGUGAGCCUGAGAUGACAAAAAUAUUUGAUGUGCAACAAGAGGAAGCUGGGAUAUGCUAUGGAACUACAGGCCAGUCAAGUUGAAAAGCUGACAUUACAGAAAUGGGGCAGGAGACUCUGUUCUGCUGCAGCAUUGGGAGAAAAAUGUAAAGAUAACCGAUUGCUUCUCGUCUGAUAAAACACCUACUUGUUUCAGAAGCCACGUGUUCUUAAGACUGAGAGGGAUGCAGUGUGCGAGGCACUUAAGUCUCAAUAAUCAAAAGCAUGGAUCUGUGCAAGUUUUUGCUAGGGAUAGUUCCCCAGGAUCUGGAGAUGCAAUUGCAGCAUUAUUUACAUUGAAUGAAAAUGAUUCUCGAAAAUGUCAGCAUGAGAAACAAACAGCACUGACUGUUUUAGGAUUCACUUAAGUGAUGGGCUCACAAAAUAAGAGAUUGUUGAUGGAGAUGGUGGAUUGAUAAUACAGAAGCACAACAGGGUGCCUUACUUUUGUAAAAAAAAAAAAAAAAAAGUUUAUAGAUGUUUAAUUGUUUUGGAAUGGCUUUUAUGUGCGUGUUCAGCGAUGGGUUUAUAUAACACCUGGGGAUAUUAUGAGGACCUUUUGAUGUUGUUUCUUAUGGAUGUGAAUACUUGUGGAGGUCUAAUUCUCCAAAACAAAACUAAAGGACCACUUUAAUUGCUAUUUGUAAUGCCAGUGUUUCAGAAGUCCAUGAUUAUGAGUAGAUAAAAACUGUAAUUAGGGGAUAUGUGGUACUAUGAAAUACUGUUGUAUUUUAUUUUAUUUGGGCAGGUUGGUUCGUAGUCCUGGAUUUCAAGUUCAAGCACUGCAGGGUAUAGUCAGGAAUAGACCAGCUAUUACUGUAUGUCAUUGGGACUUGGACUUGAAAGUACAAGACUUAAAUGGGAAACUCUUUAAAAUAAUGACUUCCAAUAGCAUUCCGUUGGGAAUAAAAUCUGAACAUGUUUUCUAGUUAAUUUCAAGUUCUACAGAACAGUAAAAUGGACAAAUAUUCAUAAUUAAUUCAAGGAACAACAGCUAUUCCAUUGGAAUGCAAAGAUACUGACGUCAUUAUUUUAAAGGGUUCAUUUUAAAUGCACCUCUCAGGAUUCAAAUAACAGAAUCACAGAAUUAAAUUCUACCAAAGACCACUUAAAGUCUUUGCAAUGGUGUGAAUUGAGUUAGAAUAUUUAGAAUUCACAUUCUGAAUUCUAAAUACCUUUUGUACAAAAAACAAGAAAACAGGGUUUACCCCUUUAUUAAGUUGUCAGAUAAUUAAUGCAGGUGGAUUUAGGUCUGAAUGAAGCUGCUGCUUUUGAUUGAAUGAGGUACAUUGUUAUCAGACAGUGGAAACACUUCUUCCCUGACUUAACACUGGCUUAAAUCCCUGACCAAUAAGGGCUCUGGAUUUGGGACCUGCAAGUAAGGAGAUUCCUCCAUUGUUAUUCUCUCCCAGGGGUGUGCAAGCUAGUCGUCUAGAAAAUAUCUAAGGAAAACGUGCCUCCCCCACCCUAACCCCAGAAGUAUAUCAGUUCAGACUAAAUCCACCCACAUUCGGUGUGGCCCUGGUUUUGGCUUCAUGAACACCUGUCAUUCUACCAAGUCUUUCCUCUUCCUUGCACACUCUCACAUGACCACAUUAUUCCCCGCCUUUUCCAUUUUAUUCCCAGAUAUUUGUAUGGCAACCGUGCUUACUGGUAGUACCACAACAAGCAAAACUGCUGAGAAGUCAGGUACACAGUAUAAAAUAAAAGUUAAUUCAGUCUCAGGGUCUUGUUGACUGUAUAAACAUCUGUUAUUAUAUAUUGUAUCGAUACAGGACAAAACAACUGACAUGCUGAUGCACUUUGCUAGCUAGGGCAUUUUUUUAAACCUAUAUUGUAGUUUAGCCAGGACAUAGAACAAUUAAACACAUCUUUGCAAGACAUCUCUAAGCACUUUACAAUAAAAUGCCUCCUCUAAAAGAUAUCUACAGUACUUACACCAUGCUGAGGCCAACUUUGGGUCUAGAGGAGGCAGUGUACUCUACCAAGCUGGGAAAGACCAGUACUGCUCAUAUCAAAGUUUAUCAUAAUAAAAAUAUAUCAAACUGUAUUAAAGCAUAGUGAAAGCAUGGUAAAGCAUGAUAAAGCCCAUAGAAGUAAAGUAAAUUGUAUUACAAAACACGACAAACCAUGUUAAACUGGUAAAAAUGAAUAGUAUAACCAUGAAAACAGUAAAAUGACUGUGCAAAUGUACCAUGGUAAACAUUUAUAAAGUUGUCAACACUGGUUAGCUUCUGAGAUCGGAAUACAAGGUAGUGUGGACACAACAGCCAUCUUAUUCUCAUCUGCAAUAUUUCACUACUUCUGACAGAGGGUAAUGGUGCAUUGUUUUACACAAAGAGUGGUAAGUGUAUGGAAUUAAUUACUAAGCCACUUGAGAUCCUUUAGGAACCAACUAGACAAAAUUCUGGGAUCAAUCAGCUACUAGCAACCUGGCGAGCACGGCCUCCUCAUUUAUAACUUUUCUUAUCUUCUUAUGUUAUUAAUUCAUGUUUUAUAAAAUGUAAAUGUUAUUAGCCAGGUGAUAUAGUAUCAUUAUGGAAUCCAAGUCUGUAUGGUGUAGAUUAAAGUCAAUGUAAUAACAACAAUAAUAAAAUAUUGUGUUCUAAUGCA